AUGCACAAACUACCCUCUAGAAUUUGGGUGCUCGAAUAUAGUGUGGAUGGACCUGGCCCGGAAGAAGAAGAAGGAGGUGUAUUGAGACCUCCUCUCCCAUAUGCCCCACCAACGGCACUGCCAGCGCCAGGGGCGGCCAAAGAUGAUGAAUCAGAUGAGGAAAAGGAAGAGGAUGAGGAGUUUAGACAGACUAUUAGAAAGUUGACAAAGGAUGGAAAGAGGUGGACUGAAGAACAAAGGAAAAGAGUUAGAGAUUUUGUAGAGGACUUUAAGAAAGAAAUAGACGUGAGUGGGCACUUAGUGAGUGCCGCGGAGUGUAAAAGGGACCAAUGGAAGAAGAAACAGAGACAUUGGGAACAGGCUUGGGAUAGAGCCGCCCUGCAUAAGGCAGCUAAGGAACAAAAGGAGAGAGCAGAGAAGAUAGCCCCCCUGCGCCGGGUUUAUGACCCACCGGGACCCCCGGGGGUGGAAGGGGCGCCAGCGCCGCAAACAUAUACCGUCCAACAUGUGCCUUUCUCAAGUGCAGAUGUAUGUAAUUGGCGCAAUCAGAACCCCUCUUUUGAGGAGAACCCAGCGAAAAUUAUAAAAUUGUUUGAAGGGAUUUUUAAAACCUAUAAUCCCACUUAUGAUGAUGUACAAUACCUCCUGGACUCACUACUAACUACAGCAGCAUUGCUCGGCCCCUGCAUGAGUCAACUAGGGGAACAGAGAAGGAUCCUUUUAUAUGGGGCAGGCUUUUCAGGAUCUCAAAGUGGCAUUACAACAAGCCCCAGCGCUUGGCAUUCCAAACCCCGAGAAGCCUUUUACCCUAUUCAUAGAUGA